AUGAAAUAUGAAGACAGUAUUCAUGUUUUACACAUUAAAAAGUAUCGUGAAUACAUUUCAGGGUUUACUACUACUACUACUACUACUACUACUACUACUACUACUACUACUACUACUACUACUACUACUACUACUACUACUACUACUACUACUACUACUACUACUACUACUACUACUACUACUACUACUACUACUACUACUACUACUACUACUACUACUACUACUACUACUACUACUACUACUACUACUACUACUACUACUACUACUACUACUACUACUACUACUACUACUACUACUACUACUACUACUACUACUACUACUACUACUACUACUACUACUACUACUACUACUACUACUACUACUACUACUACUACUACUACUACUACUACUACUACUACUACUACUACUACUACUACUACUACUACUACUACUACUACUACUACUACUACUACUACUACUACUACUACUACUACUACUACUACUACUACUACUACUACUACUACUACUACUACUACUACUACUACUACUACUACUACUACUACUACUACUACUACUACUACUACUACUACUACUACUACUACUACUACUACUACUACUACUACUACUACUACUACUACUACUACUACUACUACUACUACUACUACUACUACUACUACUACUACUACUACUACUACUACUACUACUACUACUACUACUACUACUACUACUACUACUACUACUACUACUACUACAUCACUAUUCUAUAUAAUCAAUAUUACUUGA